AAAAAAAAAAUUUUUAAAAUAUAUAUAAAUAUUAAGACAAUAAAAAAAAAAAAGAAAAAAAAACUAUUACUAGAAUUAACAUUAUUUAAUAUACUUCUUAAUACAUACAUAUAAAAUGGCUAUUUCAAUUCAUCUUCCUAAAUUCAUUAAAAAGACAUUCAGUACACAUAAAGAAGAAGAAGACAGUAGUGAGAAUUCAAAAAGUACACCUGUAACAAGUAAUGCAAGUACGCCUGCUGGAUCUGUUUAUCAAUUACCUAUAAUGGCACCCACAUCAUUAACAGUUGGCUGUCCUGGUUAUAUACGUGAUCCUAUGAGAUGUGGCAAUCAUCCAGAUAUUGUUGGUUAUUAUUAUGACCCCAUGGGCUGUAAAUUUAGUUUAGAUCAUGGCGUUGAUACUACAAAUACGGGCGCCUAAUUUUUUUUUCUCUCUUUGACUAUUGAUAUUUAUAUUUUAUAUCUAUACCCAAAUAUAUCCCUUUUACUAUAUUACUACUACUACUAUCUAUCUAUCUAUCUAUCUAUCUAUCUAUCUAUCUAUUAUUAUUAUUACCUACCUUGUGUUAUAAAAUAAUAUAAUAUAAAAUAAACUUUUAUCCGAUC